AUGAUUAUCUCAUCAUCUUCUGGCUCUGAUCAAUCGAAUCCAUUUUCCAGAUAUGGUGAUAUUUCAAGAAUUGGACAAGGAGCUUUUGGAAGUGUUUACAAAGUGCGAGAUUUAAAAACAAACAAAUUGAAAGCAAUCAAGACUGUUAAAUUCGAAUCAUUGACAGAUUUGAACACAAUUAUGAAAGAAGCAUCUCAAUUAAGUAAUACCAAACAUCCAAAUAUUAUCAAAAUUAAUGACUAUUUCAUUACGAAUGAUAAUUUGUUGAUUAUUGACAUGGAUUUUUAUGAAUUGGGAGAUUUAUCAAAAUUGAAACAAGAAAAUUGUGGGGAAGAGAUUGUAAAGCAAAUUUUGAAACAAAUGUUGAGCGCAUUGAAAUACGUUCACGAAGAAAUGGAAAUUAUUCACAGAGAUAUUAAGCCAACUAAUAUUUUUAUCAAGAAACUGUCAAGUGACAGUAUUGAAAUUGUAUUGGCAGAUUUUGGAUUGGCUAAAAAGUAUCAAGAAAUGUCGGGUCAGUCCUAUGCAGGAACUCCUUUCUAUAUGAGUCCUGAAGUUGCACUUGGAAGUUCAUAUUCAUUUAACACGGAUAUCUUCUCUUUGGGAAUUUCAAUCUAUCAAAUCAUGACCAACGAUCUAGCAACAUCGAUUGGUAACUUGCUAAUGGGAAAUCAAGCCGAGAAUGCACUUAAAAUUUUGACGAAUCAAAUGAAGGAAACAACACACAAUGAAUAUUCUGAAGAAUUGAUUCGAAUAGUUUUGAAAAUGUUAGAAAAAGAUGCAAAACAAAGACCAUCUGCAUCACAAUUGCUUUCUCUCACUUAUUUCAAAUAG